AUUUUAAUAUCAGAACACGGAGUUAUACUUGCAUUAUGUCGCUUCAUGAGCUUGUUGGAUUAAAUUUGUGUGAUCUGACGUUGGAUGGUGUAUUGAACUCCACGGAAAAGGCGAUCGAGUGGCUGCGGAAGUUUGGCCUUAUUUCAAAAGAACGGAUUUGCCAUAAGUGUGGAUCCGCUACCGGUAUGCGUUUGCGCCGUCAGUCAAGUACGGCAGAUGGCCAAUCCUGGAGAUGCCGGAAAAAAGAUUGUAAAACAACAUCUUCAAUUAGGAAGCACUCUUUUUUUUCAAAGAGUAAUGCUCCUUUGGUUGAGUGCAUUCGCCUCAUAUAUCUUUGGGCAGAAGGUGACAACUCGGUCCAAAAAAUAUGCAGGUACACAAAAUUGUGCAACCAUACGGUCAUCGAUUGGUGUGGCUUUUUACGAGAGGUCUGCUCCGAAGAUUUAAUACGAAAUACCGCACCAAUCGGUGGACCUGGUCAGAUAGUGGCCAUUGAUGAAACUCACGUUGCACGCCGAAAACCCGGAAACGCCCAAGCGCGUCCGGUUCGUGCCCAGUGGGUCUUUGGGGGCAUCUGCAUAGGGACUGGUGAGUGCUUCAUGCGCCUGGUCGACAUUAGGGACGCAGCGACACUUCUCCCUAUUAUUGCGGAUUGUAUUGCACCGAACUCCACCAUUUAUUCGGACGAGUGGAGAGCCUACGCUGGGAUAUCCGCAAUGCCGCAGAAUUAUACCCACAAGACGGUGAACCACAGCUAUCAAUUUGUUAGCGAGAGUGGGGUUCACCCAAAUCAUGUGGAGAAUCUGUGGCGAAAUUGUAAGCGGGAACUGGCUAAGAGGAAUGGGGUACGACGGGAUUUUAUCCCCUCGUAUCUCGACGAAUUUAUGUGGAGACGAAGUCGUUCCGUCCAAAAUUUCUUCCCAGAGAUUUUGGAGGCAAUCAGAAGACAGUACACCGUUUGAGGAAUUAAACUAAUUAUAAAAUCGGCCCUUUUCAGGGCCAACCUAUAUAUUAAGAAGAGUAUAGGAAGUUGGAAAGUAACUUGGAGGCGUUUGGCAAUAAUAUCAACAUUGCGAAUAGAAUUAUAAUCGACGACGGUAUUGUUCUACAGUUGGUGAUCCUGUAGGUAAGCUAGGUGUUGGGAAAUGUUUACUAUACAUCAACAUGUGUUGUGUUUAUCGCGUGUCAAACUUUGAUAAAGUUUGACUGCCCACCCAACUAAAAGUACUUUGAUUAUUUAAUAUAUUUUUUGAUACGUAAUUAAAGUGUCGCUUCUUCUUUCCAACGACACCAAGAUUGCUAUUUUAUUUCACGUUUUGCUAUUUUAUUUCACAUUUCACGUUUAUGUAACAGGUGAUUUAAGUUUUUUUUCAAGCGUUUCUGGUUAUUUACUGCCUGUACGGAUAUAGCUAGUUUGGUACACUAUGCUCGUCGUACGGAUAUCUAGUUUAUUUAUAAAGUUUGACAUAAGUUUGAAGAACCACUUUUACAAUUGUAUAGUUUGCAGAUGAGAUGUGCAAAUGAAAGAUAAAUUUCUAAAAGUUCUGCAUAUAUACACGAGUGUAUGAGUAUGAUUAUGUUGUCUGGACAUGUUUUGUUUAAAGUAACCUAAUUUAAAUUGCACACGUUUGUUUUUAUUGACUCAUUAUUAAAACAAUGACAUAAUUCAUGAUUAUUGGCGAAGUAUUAAUCAUAUUUUGCGCAAAUUACAAAACAACUCUGUUGGUAACUUGCAACAAA